AAACCUGUUUUUUCCCCCAAUUAUUGAUUUAUCAAAUCCGCUUAUUAAUAAGGUCCCUCGUGGAUCUUUGGGCUCAACCGACUAAACGCCCCUGCCUCUCUUCACUACAGCGUGACAACGAGCUUCGAUCGUACGCGCGGUGAAGAUCUCCCUGGAGAACAUCGCGUCUUCACUUCGUCUCCGCAGACGAAAUUAAACGAGACAUUUUGACCAAAGCAGAACUUCCAUACGAAAGCACGAUUCACGCUGGACGACGGCACGGUCGGAAGAUGCUUUGCGUGUCCGAUGAGCGCAACACCCGCCAGUCAGAGUCCGCCACUGAGAGCCUGGCACGCAAAGCGCAGUAGCCCACCUGCGAUGAAGAAGCCCUCAAGAAGCACCACGCGGAAAGAAGCGGAAGAGUGACGCUGAGAGGGGAAGAGCAGACGGAAGAACAAACACCAGCGCGUCCUCAAAUGAUGGGGAUAAAGCACCUUCUGCUUCUUUUGAUUUACUUAGACCCGCUGAAUGUCCUGUGCGCCGCCGCCAACCCCAACAAAAAGACCAAAGCCCCGCAGAGGAGGAACCCAAAGGUGAAGGAGGUCAACGGCAGCACCACCGCCGUUCCGCCGGCCGCGGUCUUCCCGCGGAAGAUCACGCAGGUGCAGGCUCCCAGGUUCCAGCACGACACCUGCCUGGGCUACUACGACGUGAGCGGGCAGUACGACAUGGAGUUCAGCUGCAACAACACCGACCACCGCUUCUGCUGCGGCAGCUGCUUCCUGCGCUUCUGCUGCGCGGACCGGGGGAAGCGGCUGGAGCAGAAGACCUGCUUCAACAUCGAAACACCGGACUGGAUCAGAACCCAGCCGCCGUCACCGGCGCCGACGGGUGACACGUACGACCCGGAACUGGACCAGACCAACACCACGGUGUACAUCACCUGCGGGGUCGUGGCGCUCGUCAUCACCAUUGGGAUUUCUGUUAAAGUUGCCUACGAUAAAGCCACCAAGCCCCCUCAGGAAAUGAACGUGCACAGAGCCCUGGCCGACAUUCUGAGGCAACAAGGACCGGUUCCAAUAUCUCAGUAUGAGCAUGAAAACGUUGCAGCGAUUGAUGGAUCGGCCAAAGACGAGACGCCGGUCAGAACCUCGAAGAACCAUUACACGCCGGUUCACACCAAGCCGCCAAACCACGGCCACUAUGGGAAAGAGAACCUGCGCGGCGGAGGCCAAGACAUGCACAACUUCAUCUCCUCCGGGUUCGUGACACUCGGACGCGGCCACUUGCAAGCGCAGCACUCCAUAGACGAAACGGGGCAGGUGUCCUGGCAGGGCGACAUGGACGUCCCCCUCUCCUACGGAAACCAUCACCAUGACUACCAGCACAGCCACCUGGAUCUGACGGCGCUCACACCGAAACUGGCCCACCGACAAAUGAGACACGAGAGACCCCAGCGGAUGAACAACAUCCUGACCUCGGCCACGGAGCCCUACGACCUGUCCCUGUCCAGGUCCUUCCAGAACCUCAGCCAUCUGCCGCCCUCCUACGAGCUGGCCCUCAAGUCUGACUUAAGUAAAUACUCCUCCUCUCUGCACAGAUUAAACGAUAAGGACGUGGAGGACUACUACACGAGGAAGCAGCACCACCCCGACUUUGGCGGGCGUGGCCCGACCCACAUGGUGAAGCUGAUGGCGGAUCCCCCGCAGCACCAGCAGCACCACCACCACCAGCAGCAGCAGCAGCAGCAGCAGCCACAGCAGCAGCGGCAGCGCCCCCGCAGGGUCCAGAGGGCCAUGUCCCAGGACCACGUCCUGUCCCCGCCCAGGACGCCGCGCCGCGGGGACUACGGCCUGUCUUCGUACGGCGUCAUGGCGGCCGCCGCGUACAGCAGCAGCCGCCACCUGUCGGAGGAGCAGCUGCUGUCGGCGGACCGCCUCCGCUCCCAGGACCCCCUGCUGUCCCCGGCGAUGCGGCGCGACAAGUUCCGGGAGAAGGCGAUGGCGCGGGCGAUGUCGCACGCCGACAUGCUGCAGCCGGUCACGCCCGUCAUGGACCGCCACAAGAUGACCAAGAUGCACUCGCAGCCCGCCGCCUCCAACGACUCCUACAACACGCUGACGGUCGGCCACCAGGCGACCACGUCCAAGAGGCAGGCGUUCGCCUCCCGACGGACGCACACGGUGGACCACCUGCAGCACAUCCCCGGCCACCACCACACGUACCGCACUGCCAGCAAGAACGAGGUGACCGUCUGAGCCGCCGGAGGGUUCCGUGAGACGCGGCCGGGACGCUGGCGAGGAAUCUCCCCCCCCGAGAAGGUUCCCUCUGUCCUCCUGCAUUUAAAAAAAGAAAUACAUCGAUUUAAAAAGAAACUGCUUUUUAGCACAAGCUUCCCACGUCACCGAGAAGGAACCCCGGCAAAGACUUCUCGCUCUCAGAGCAUCAUAAGGGCUUUGCGCGUUGACACAAAGACGGAUCCUUCAUGUCGGACGUUUCACAGCCUGAAGAAAAUAUUUUUUAAACUCGACAUGGGACUGGCAGGGAAUUGUGUCAACUUUAUAAAUAUAUAAAUAUACUAUAUUUACUAUUUGUAUUUUCAGUCCUUGUUAUAGCUUUAGAGAUUAACCGAUGUAAGCACUUCAAGAGGUGCCCCUUAAAAUUGCCACAUUUCAGCGAUGAAGUGGUGUUUGUGGGUUAAAAAGCACAAUUAAUGAAUUCCCUUCUUUUGUCUGGUUUGUUUUACUCUUCUUCUUUGGUAAACGGCCAGAUCAUACGCGCUUAUUAGUGAAAACAGAGGUUGUUUCUGUUGCAUACAAUAGACGAAUGUAAAUAGGCUAAAUUAGCAGCAUUAAAACGAGAAAAGCCGGCCUUUUUUGUCAUUGUUGUUCGUGCGGUUUUCUCCCACCUGGAAUCUAUCCUGGGUUCCCAAUUAAUUAUUUCAAUUUUAGAUAGUCAAACACUGAAUAAAUAUUUUUCCACAGAUGUCGCCAAAUUAUGCGGCUAUAACGUGUAUAUGGGGAGUAUUUUCUGUUCUAACCGUGCUUGUAGCAUAAAAUGAUGUGUCGCUAACGGGAAGAGAGCUGCCGACACUGGCUAGUUAGCUAGUGGCUGGCUAAUUAGCUAGUUAGCUAGUUAGCAUCGGGAAGAGGGGCAGAGGGAAUGUUGGACCCCGUGUACUGCACGUGAGGUUUUGCAUUAGAACAAGCUGGAAUUAGCAGGAAGCUAACUAGCAUGGCUAAUCCCACCGUGCUUUAAUGCUACCCUGCUUACAGAACAAAGUUGUUCCCGAUCUGGCGACAGCGAUGUGCUUUCCUACUCUGACGGGAGCAUUAAUGAUGAAGCAUUAAGUUGUUGAGUCUGCGACUUCCCUCGACAAACAACCUCUUUUACCGCCGCCGACGGGCAGCUACGGUGUGAAAAUGGAUUCCGAUAAAGUUUGAAUUCGCUUAAUUUCCAUUUCCAACAUUUCCUUUGCUUGGUCGCCCCCCCACCCCCCGCCCGGCGCCCGGCGCCCACUCUGCCCGGCUCGUGAUCGGCCAGCGGCCUCCAUCUCCACAGAUCCGGCACCCGAUGGGUCGGAGUUCAUAGCUCGUGUGUUUUCUGAAACAAUCAAGAGGACAUUAUUAAUUAAAACUGUGAACUGUUUAUCCAGAUGUUUUCAUUAAAGCAAUGCCUUAUUGUAUGAUAUCUCAUGUGCUCUUAAUUGAACAAUCAUGCGCCUUGUUUUUUUAUUAGAUUAUUGAUUUUGGUACCGAUGGUACCGAUACCUCCAAAACACUACAUUAAAUUAAAUGACCCUCAAACUUUCAUAGAGGAUAAAUCUACAUUAAAUGUGUCCCACUUAUCAGAUAUAUGUGAACUAUGUUGGGGUCCAGUUGAGGUACCUGAGUGGAUCCACAUCGCUCUGAUACAACACAGGCUCACAAUCAUUGCAGGAUAAUAUUUAUUUUAAGGCCGAUGGAUUGUGUAAUAAUAAGUGCAAUAAAAAAUGAGAUCUCAAAUGUUUUAUAUCCCAACAGGAAAUUAAUUAAAAUUAAAAUUAAAUUCCUACUUGCUAAGCAUGUGGUUCAUGUUCAUAUUGAUCGCUUUGGGUGAGUUUGCAGGGCCGUCGGUUACUCUUAACCCCAGAACGACAAACCUUUUCUUUGCUUCGUGCACCACUGGGCAACUUUUAUCGCAAUAAAGACGGCCGAGUCUCCAGCGCUCAAUCCGGCUCUCUUUUGUGUGUCCGUGGUGACUGAGAACGCAAGUUGGAGGUUUGAGGGUAAAAAAGAAUUGUAUGUUUAUUUAGAAUUGAACUGUCCUUCAAAAUGACAAUUCUGAAGAUGAGGAAAACCUGCUGUUUCUAUGAUUUGAUAGUUAAACUGUGUAUGAAGACUUGAGUACGAUGAGGUCGUUGCGAUUGAGGCAACGGCAGGAAUGAAAUGUCUGAUUACGCAAAAAUUCUUAGUUACGUUGCAUUGUUUUGUUGCACAUUUCUUCUUAAUCCGUCCGUGUUGUGAUGACUGAUGACCAUGUAGGACAGUUGGCCAAAUGAUAUUUUCUUUGAUUCAUUUGGACUUUUAUGUGCUGAUUUCAUCUUUUUUACGACAGGACUGUAUUAAAUGAUGUCAAUUAGAGAUGGUUUGUUUUCCCCAAAUUUCCGUCACUGUACAUAUGAAUGUGUUUUCGUUCCUUAGUGUAUUUGAAAGCUUUGAGUGAGAGGAGGUGUCAUUUGUCUGGUAGACUAUUUCAGACAGAUAUUUGCACCCUUCCGCCUCGCUCAACUAAUCUUCUCCAACUUCUUUUCACUUAAUUAAUAAUGAUGUCAUCCCAAGAGCCUUUUUAACCGUGUGCAAUAUUUGCUCGUCAUGCAGCAUAAGUCUAUAGCCACUUCUAAAAUGUCGUAAGGUUCAUUCGCUGCCAUAAAGGCGUUGUUGUCCUUUUUCCAAAUAGAGCUGUUGUCUUUCAUAGUCAAAGAGGUUUGUUUUGUAACGAAGCCAAAUGUUGUGUGAUGGAAAAAGGGAUCUGUGUACUUGCACAAAUAACUGGAGACAAACUUAAAGGCUUCAAAAGACAAGUGUUCGUGUGCAUUUUCUGUUUGUUUACAAACUAUUAAAGCGCAUCAUGUGUUAUCGUA